UUGUUCACCGGCCUCAGCCGGCCUGCGGAGAGUCGCAUGUGGUUUCUGUAGUGCCGCGUUUCUCGUGUUGACGACGUGCAAGUUGCCGCAUUUGGCUGAGCUUGUUGCCGAGAAUGUCAGGUACGCGGGCGUAUGCCAUCGGUCAGGACGAGCUACAGAGGCGCCUGAAGAAGCUUCACCAUGAAAAAGAGUUGAUCGUGAACGUGCUAGAUCACAUGCUAAAAAGGAUGGAUCUGAUGGUGGCUCACGUGAGCAGCCUGACAAACAUGAACCAGUUCCUUUGCUAUUUUAUGGAUGCCAGUAGCACAAUGGAGCACAUGUAUAUGAAACUCUUCAAGAUUCAUGUCCUGCUCACCGAGGAUACUUAUGUUGAUGCUGAACAACAGAGAGUUCCUCAUAUGGCUAUAACAUACUCAUUCCAUGCAAGCAGUGAUCAAAGCAGCAACUCCCAGCUUGCUGUACUUGAAGCAAAGGAUAGGCUGAACUGCCUGUCAUCUAGUUCGCAGCAUGCUUCCUCUGCAUUGCCACAUCUGUCCAUCUGUGAUGAGGUGCUGGGACGUCAAACAUCGGCUGCAAGUUUUGCACUUCCACAGGAAACUGCUGCUGCGAUUUCAUCACUCACUGCAGCAUAUGCAAGACUCGCAAGCGGGUCAUCGCUAACAGCACCAACUUGUGACAGCUCCGGAAGGCCCCCUGCCAUGGCAGCAAACUGUAAUGCAACUCCGGGCAGUGAAAUGUAUGUUACUGCUAUGCCUGCUGCUACUGUGCCUACUGCUACUGUGCCUACUGCUACUGUGCCUGUUGCUACUGUGCCUGUUGCUACUGUGCCUGUUGCUACUGUUCCUGUUGCUACUGUUCCUGUUGCUACUGUGCAUGCUCCGGCUGUACCUGCUCCAGUUGUACUUGCUCCGGCUGUACCUGCUCCGGCUGUACCUGCUCCAGUUGUACCUGCUCCAGUUGUACCUGCUCCAGCUGUAUCUGCACCUGUUGUACUUCCGAUUGGCUUGACACCAAACUGUAGCACAACUCUUUGCAGCGAAGCUUAUGCUACUGUGCAUACUGCUGUUGCACCUGCUGCUGUUGCACAUAGUUCUGCUAUGCCUCCACCUAGCUUGGCACCUUAUUUUGGCACAACUCUAUACAGCAACGCAUACACUGCUGCUAUGCCUGCCCAUACUGUGCUUGUGCCAGGUGCUGCUAUGUCUGGCUCUGUUAUACCCAGCCCUGCUACACCCGGCCCUGCUGUACCCGGCCCAGCUACACCUGGUCAUGUUGCGCCUGACCCUACUAUCCCUGUGACAUUUACAACGCCACUGGCAUCUACACAGGCACCUACAGUUGCGCCACCUGUACACCAGCCUUCUGCUGAAGCUGCUGGUGCUGUUUGUGGGGAAAGUGUUGGUCCUGUAAGCUUUGAUCAAGGUGAUGCAUACUCCUAUGAGGAAGAAGGUGACCAGAACAAAUGGUCCAAGCUUGGACCAUGUGUGUCAGUGCGAAACAUUCCCCCGACCCCUGUGCUUCCUGCACAAAGCCAAGGUAGCCCAAAUUGGGUGGCCAGUGAUAAUGCAGCUGCAAUGCGCAACUUCACGCAACAGAAACCACCAGAGAGUGCUUCAAGGCCGUGCACAAGUGCUGCUGCACAACUGCCCAGUAAACCGAAGCCUCCUGGAAUUCCUUCACCUAAUGCAGGUGUUGUUGGGACCACACAAGACAUAGUUCUUUCAUUCUACAAGACACCUUCUGAGUUUUGGAUUCAGCUGACUACUUCUGCAAACAUAUUGGAAACCCUUCUAAAGAGGUUGCAUGAGCACUACAGCAGCAGCGCUCGACGGCGAGAGUUUACUCUCAGAGCAGGCAUGUACUGUGCAGCAUACUAUGCAGAAGAUGGUCACUGGUAUCGCGCUAGGAUCCUGCAAGUUACGCCAGAUCAUGCCAAGGUUUUUUAUGUGGACUUUGGCAACAUUGACAGGGUGGACAUUGACUGUGUAUCCUUCCUUGAAGAGGAGUUUGCAUCACUUCCAGCACAGGGUUUUUGCUGCAGCAUUAAGGGUGUGAGGUCUCCAUGUGGCCCCGGCAUGUGGACUAUCGCUGCUGUGCGUACAUUUCGAAACAUGAUCUCUCGACAAGGCACAAAGCUGCAAGCCUACUUUCACUCGCAAGAUAUUGUCACUGGCCGCUUCAUUGUGGACAUUCUUUCUGAUAACGAAGACCAUAUUCCGAAAAACUUGUCUCAAGAAUUUCUCAGUCUCUGUUCAGCAGAAAGAGCCCCACUACCCAAAAACCAGCAAGGCAUGAACUUUACCACCAAGCGGCACGAGACUCGUCCUGUAGUCACUAUGUCACAAGCCACUUCAUCUCCAGUCACAACCGCUGCAGCUGUGACAUCUUCAACUGCCAUGCCUUUGGUUGGCACCCCCGCUGCUACCACAACUUCGGUUUACAUGCCUCUGCCGGGCAUGCAUACUGGGCCUGCACUUUCAACAUCUGUGCCCCCUCCUGGCAUGUUCCCGGCUGGCAUGCCUGCUGUUAACAUAGCUUCAGCCAGCACAUUGCCAUGUCAUACACCUCCUACCAGCAAAGCUCAAGUUUCCGUGCCACAUCGCGGAAUGCCACUGGCUGGUACACCUUCCGAUGGCAUGGCUCCACCAUCUGCGGGCAUGUCUCCACCUCCCGCUGACAUGGCUCCCCAACCUUCUGCUGGCAUGGCUCCACCACCCGCGGGCAUGUCUCCACCUCCCGCUGACAUGGCUUCCCCACUUUCUGCGGACAUGGCUACCCCUCCCACCAGCAAGGCUACCCCACCUACUGGCAUGACUCCACCUCCUGCUGGCAUGGUUCCCCUACCCACUGGCAUGGCUCCACCUUCUGAUGUGGCUCCACGUCCCACUGGUAUGGGUCCCGCACCUUCUGGCACAGCUCCAUCUCCUGCUGGCACGGCUCCCCCACCUGCUGGCCUGGCUCAAUAUUCCACCGGCACUGCUCCCGCCCCCACUGUGAAAGCUCUACGCCCCACUAGUGCAGCGCCAGCUCCCGCUGGUAUGGUUCCACCUCGCAAGCCUGUUGCCACUGUGCCUCCUGCCACAAUAACACCCAAUGCCAUGACACCUGCAGCCACUUCGAUGGCCCCCACAGCAAUGGCUCCUGCUGCCAUGGCUCCUGCAGCUGCACUUCCUGGUGGCAUGGAAUCACAUGGCAUGCAUCCAGCUACAUUGCCUCCAGACAAUCUGAGACAAGCUGGGACGGCUCCACCAGCUCUGCCACCAGCUCUGCCACCAGUUACUGUACCUCCAGCUGUCCUUCCUGAAGGCGACACUUUUUGCGUAUGCAUCUCAGUGGUGUUCAACCCAUCGGACUUCUAUGGCCAGAUAGUGGAAAAAGCAAACACUACAGCCAAGGUGCUAGAAGAGCUUCAGCAAGAGCUGAACAAAUGCGGUGCCCAGAGUGAGGCACCAACGGAAGAAAUGGUGAACAAGGGCUCCUUCUGGAUAUGCCGCUUUCAGGGUGACAAAAACUGGUAUCGAGCUCGGGUGCUCGAUGUUCUUCCAGGACUCACUUGCCGGCGUUUCAGGGUCCUCUAUUUAGACUAUGGCAACCGAAGCACUGUGCUUUGCUCCUCUCUGCGACCACUGCCUCCCGAGCUCACAAGCCUUCCAGCCUGUGCCCAUCGCAUGUCUCUGGCAUUCGUGUGCCCCAAGAAGGGCAGCAAGUGGGAUCAUUCUGCUACUGGAGUCUUUGUCAAGGAGACUGGCUUCGAUGUUUCUCUCAUUGCUGAGAAGAAAGGUCACAGGCGCUCUGGUUAUGAAGACAUCAUGGAAGUUGUGCUGUGGAACAGAAAUGGUCCAACAGCAGUGAACAUCAAUGUUGUGCUUGUUGAGCAAGAUGUUGCACUGCUAAAGGCCAUGGAAUGAAUGGGGAAAGUUUGUGCACUAGUCAUGUUUAUGUUGCCCCCCCACCUCUGUCUUGGAAAGUGUGUCAGAAGUCUGUCAUAAAUAAGAGCCUGUGCCCAAGUUUUAUCUUGAUGUUACUCAGUUCUGUGUUCAAGGCACAAGCAUGUAUUCUGUGUGCAUUUUGAUUGUGCCCUCCUCCCCCCUCUCCUUUUUAUUAAUACGAAAUACUCGAGUUACCGCAUGUAGCCUGACAAAACUUCUACUGGUUGCCUACAGAAGAAAAGAAAGUGUUCAUAUCUAUAAUUUGAAGUUCACUGUUAUUCAUCCUCUUGGUAACUAAUUAUGUGAAAUUAUUUGAACGUGAUAGCAGUGUCAGCAUUGGGAGUGAACACUGUCAAAAGUGUUAUUAUGGAUGUGCAUGCCCUUUGAGGUAUGUAGUGCAGUUCAGAAUAAGAAGGACCUUACAUAUACUUACCAUUCAUAAAUAGUUUUCAAAUUAUGAUUGUGGAUUUCAAGUAAUCUUUAUUUUUCAUAAUUACUUGAGAUUACUAUUGGCUUGACCACUUUUCCUUUCUUUUUUUUUUCUGUCUCUGUUGUGUACAACCAUGAAAAUAAGUUUAUUGCAGAAAAGCAAUGUUUCAGCAUCUUCUGAAGGCUUCAGUGAGGGAGUGAAGUUUCAUUAAAAGUGUUGAAGACCAUGUAUCUUUCCAAUAGCAGCCAGCUGACAGUGUCGACGUGCUAGUUACGAAAUAGCGAGUCUUUAAUUUGGUUGUAUUUUUCAAGCAGUCUGUUGGCACAUGCUCUAUUAACUCUGUAAACAAAACUGUCAUAUAUAGCCUUGUUAGGGAAUAAGAUGUACAAGCUGCAUACAUCUUCAAAUCACACAUACUGUGCAUAAGGUUCAGGAUGUCGUAUCGUUAAAAGCAUGUUCACUGCUGGUCUUAUAAUGUGGCCAAUUUGUGAUUUGCCAAACAUGGCAAAAUUGCAUAUGUCAUGAAUGUCUGUGAUACACCUCACGGUGCCUUAAUCUGUUGGAUUAUGAAAGCCUCCCUACCCCCUCCUCCUCUUCUCCUUCCCUUUACCUUUGUUUUUUUUUUUCAUGUCGGUUUGUUAUAUGUGAAGUAUUAAGUCACAUUCCAUACUAACUGAUUAUAAUAUCAGUUUAAACAUAGGUUGCUCUCUACUUACCCACUCUUUUGGUCAGCUUCGCCCUGAAGAGGCAUCCUUUUAACAUAUCCGUAUGGUGGGCUGAACUUUACCUCUUAGUGUUUUGGCUUUCUGCCAAAGAAAAAUCACGUGUUGUGUGCUGCAUCUAUGAGGGCUACAACUGCCAAUGCUUAGCCUCCUUGUUGUUCUAGUGUCUGUAGGGCAUGCCAUGCCAUCUCAUGCCAUGAAUAAUGAACAUUUUCAUUUUCAAUCAAGCAACUGCAGAUUGCAAAUCUGAGAACAAAGGCACCUCUUACCCCCGUAUUCAGAAAUGCAUCUUAAUUUGAAGCCCAUGCUUGACUUGAUUUAAACGACGCCUGUUGUCAAUGCACCAGAAGAAACGCAAUGAGCGUCUUCGGCACGUUCGCGCCAGGUGUCAUUUAUAUCAAGUCAAGCAUGAGCUUCUAGUUAAGUUGCAUUUCUGAUUACGGCGGUUAGCUUUGUUGGGGUCAAAUAAAUAGACCUACACUUGUGAAGUAUCUCCAUCAAGACUUCAUUGUCAGCAUUGGAACCCUGUGAAGCAAAGAUUGGGUUAUGUGCUCAAGUGGGGCUGUUAUGAAAUACAUUUAUGUCAAUCAAAUUUAUUUAUAUCCAUUUCAUUUGUUGUUCUCAGCAGUUUUUGUUUGUAAUGAAAAAUAAAUUGGGAAAUUUUUAUGAAAAAAAA